GUUGCAUGCCGGGUCACUACGAGCGGCAGCUGCUGAACGACCUCCUCAAGAACUACAACACCCUCGAGCGUCCCAUUGCCAACGAGUCUUCGGCCAUCGUCGUCAAGCUGGGUCUCACGCUGCAACAGAUUAUCGAUGUGGACGAGAAGAAUCAGAUUCUAACAACAAACGUCUGGCUAAAUUUUGAAUGGACUGACCACAACCUCAUCUGGAACGAAUCGGAGUACGGGGGGGUGGCUGACCUCAGGAUCCCCCCCAAGUACCUUUGGACACCUGACGUCCUCAUGUAUAACAGCGCUGACGAGGCUUUCUCCAGCACGUAUCCGACCAACGUGGUGGUGACGAGUUCAGGCACCUGCACCCACAUCCCGCCGGGUAUUUUCAUGUCGACCUGUAGAAUCGACAUCACCUGGUACCCGUUCGACGACCAGAAGUGCGAGAUGAAAUUCGGGUCUUGGACGUACGACUUAGCGAAGGUAGAGUACGUGGAGUAUGAUAUAAAUGGGAAGAUUUUGGUCGAUCACAGUGUUCUUAUUUCUAAGAUAUGCGAUGAAGAAUAG